GUUUCGCAUUUUCUCGUGCAUAUGGCACUGCCGCCGCCGAGAGGAACAGGCGCGGUGCCGUUCAGGGCUGCCCUCCCAAUUCUUCCUCUCAUAUCUAUCUAAAUUUUUUUGCUUCUUUCUCUAGAUCUAUCACUUCUUCUCCAAUCCAUAAAAAGCAAAAUAACCCGAGAAAAUCAGAAAAAAAUUAUCUAUCUAGGGUUAGCUACUGAUAGAGGAAGGUUUGCUAUCUUAUACGCUCUACGUAUUUUUUCUUGUAAUUGAAGAAUAGGAAAAGAAGAAAAAAAAGGAAGAAAAAGGAGGAAAAAAAGGUGCAGGUGAGGUUAUAAGUGGUCGAGCAGAUGUCGCAAAUCCAGGUACCGCACCAAGGACCUGUAUCAGGCCCUAGCGCGGCGACGCAGAACAGCGGCGGAGGUGCGUCGCAGUUCCCUUCGACCUCCCUUUACGUGGGGGACCUUGAUGUGAACGUCACGGACUCGCAGCUGUUCGAUUUGUUUAGCCAGGUUGGGCGGGUGGUUUCUGUGCGUGUCUGUAGAGAUAUCAAUACCGGGCGAUCGCUUGGCUACGCUUAUGUCAACUACAGCAACCCGGUCGAUGCGGCAAGGGCAUUGGAGGUGCUAAAUUAUGCCCCCCUCAAUGAUAAACCUAUUCGCGCGAUGCAUUCAAAUCGUGACCCUAGUGCUCGCAAAAGUGGGGAAGCUAACAUUUUUAUUAAGAACCUAGACAAGGCAAUAGACAACAAAGCUCUUUACGAUACAUUUUCUGUGUUUGGCACCAUUCUUUCGUGCAAGAUUGCCACAGAUGCUUCUGGUCAGUCUAAAGGAUAUGGUUUUGUUCAGUUUGAUCGAGAGGAAGCAGCAAAAAAUGCAAUCGAAAAGCUAAAUGGCAUGCUUUUGAAUGAUAAACAAGUCUAUGUAGGACCUUUCCUCCGGCAGCAUGAAAGGGACAAUUCUGCAAAUAAGAUGAAGUUUAAUAAUGUCUUUGUCAAAAACCUUUCUGAAUCUGUGACAGAGGAGGAGUUGAGGAAAAUUUUUUCUGAAUAUGGGGGAACUACGAGUGUUGUGGUGAUGAAAGAGCUGGAUGGUAAAUCUAAAUGCUUUGGGUUUGUCAAUUUUGAGAAUCCAGAUGACGCUGCUCUGGCUGUUCAGGAACUAAAUGGGAAGAAAUUUGAUGAUAAAGAGUGGUUUGUUGGCAGAGCACAGAAGAAAUCUGAAAGAGAACAGGAACUGAAAGAGAGAUUUGACCAGAGUUUGAAGGAAACUGCAGGAAAAUAUCAAUGGGUAAACUUGUAUUUGAAAAAUUUGGAUGAUAGCAUUGGGGAUGAGACGUUAAAAGAGGUUUUUUCAGAGUUUGGAAUUAUUACUUCUUGCAAGAUCAUGCGAGACCCUAAUGGUAUAAGCAAGGGUUCAGGAUUUGUUGCUUUCUCAACACCUGAAGAAGCAUCUCGUGCACUUACAGAAAUGAAUGGGAAAAUGGUUGGUAUCAAACCUCUUUAUGUCGCACUUGCACAACGUAAAGAAGAGAGGCGAGCUAGGUUGCAGGCACAAUUUUCACAAAUGCGGCCAAUGCCAAUGCCUCCUAAUGUUGGUCCUCGUGUUCCCAUUUAUCCCCCCGGUACUCCUGGUAUUGGACAACAGCUAUUUUAUGGUCAAGCUCCACCUGCCCUUAUUCCCCCACAGCCUGGGUUUGGUUAUCAGCAGCAGCUUGUUCCUGGGAUGAGGCCUAGUGGAGCUCCUAUGCCAAAUUUUUUUGUGCCCAUGGUUCAACAAGGCCAACAGGUCCAGCGCCCUCCUGGUGGUAGACGUGGUGGAGCAGGUUCCAUUCAGCAAUCACAGCAACCAAUGCCUCUACUCCAGCAACAGAGUCUUGCGACUGUAUCUUUGCAUCUUUUGGAUGCACCACAGAUGCUUCCAAUGGGAGGACGCUUAUACAGAUACCCGCCAGGUCGAAGCAUGCCUGAUGUUCCAAUGCCGGGUGUCGGAGGAAUGCUUUCUGUCCCUUAUGAUAUGGGAGGAAUGCACCUGCGUGAGGCCCCCAUGUCACAGCCUAUUCCCAUUGGGGCUUUAGCUUCCGCUCUCGCAAAUGCGCCGCCUGAGCAGCAGAGGCUGAUGCUUGGAGAAAGCUUGUACCCACUUGUGGAGCAGCUAGAACGCGACCAUGCGGCGAAAGUGACUGGAAUGCUGUUGGAGAUGGACCAGACUGAGGUGCUGCAUUUGCUGGAGUCUCCGGAUUCUCUGAAAGCAAAAGUUGCGGAGGCGAUGGAGGUUUUGAGGAAUGUCGCGCAGCAUCAUCAGCAGUCCAGCAAUACGCCUACCGAUCAGUUGUCUGCGCUAUCUCUCGACUGAUAAGCCUUAAGGUAUUUUUCAUGGCUGGGCAGCUAAAACUUUGGUAGGUGGUUUUUUUUCUUUUUUCUUUUUUCUUUAUUUUUUUGAAUGGAAUGGAUGAGUGGAACUAUAUAUACUUUUUGUUUGUUUUGUUGUAUUAUUUGGCUCUAUUUUCUUUGUGAGAUUAUGACUGAUUAUUGUGGUGUGUAAACUUGUUAUCUGUUUUAUGUUUGUGGUGGUAAA